GGUUUGAGGAUUGGAUCUUAUUGGAUGAAGAUGAUAAACAAGAGGAAAAAGAAGUUCAUAACGAACACACAAUUGCUGGAAGAGUUCAUCAACAUCAUGUUGCCGUUAAGUAGACUAUUUCAUAGGGUUAUAUAAUUACAUUAAUUACCGUUAUUAUUCGAUUAUACCAUUUAGGAUAUGAUCCCGUCGUAAAUGGAAUUAAUCUCGCUCCCAACUUUAGACGCGUGGGGGAAACUUUUGAUCCCCUCCCCCACUCUACGCAAUUACCUUACCAGCUCUCACCACCCACCACCACCUCACCAUGGAACUAUAUAAAUUAUCCGGUAAAGAACACGAAAUUGAAAAAUUACAUUGUUUAUACCAAAUUACACUCACAAAUCGUAUCAUAUAUCAUUACAAUUACAAUGGCUGAAGAAUUAUAUACAUAUUCCUUAGAUCAAUUAGAUCAAUUAGAAGGUUCAGAAAUCACUUUAAGCAAAUUUAAUGCUGAUGUUGCAUGGGAAAUUGGUACUUAUGCUAGAAACGUAGGUCUUGAAAAAUAUCCUACUAGGGCUAUCUUAAUAGAUAUCAGAUUAGCUUCUGGUCAAGUCUUAUUCCACAGCGCCACUACAUCUGGUGCCACCAUUGAUAAUGAAAAAUGGGUUGAUAGAAAAAUCAAUGUCGUUAACAGAUGGGGUAAAUCAAGUUUCUAUAUUGGACAAAAAUUAAGAAUCAAAAAUGUUCCAAUUGAAGAAGCUCUUUUCGUUCCAGUCUUCGAUUACGCUACUCAUGGUGGAAGUGUUCCAAUCAGACUUACCAACCUUGACAGUGUCAUUGGAACUUUGACUAUUAGUGGUUUAGCUCAAGAAGAAGACCAUUUAUUAGCCCUUGAAACUUUAAAACAUUUUGCAAAAGCCUUAUAGAUUCUUUUAAUUUUUGCAACCCUGGCUUCUCUGAUAAAUACUCUUAUAGUAUAUUAAUGACACAUUAAAAUUGAUUUUUACUUCAACAAACUUUUGAAUUAAUUGUAGCUGAUAAUUUUAUAAUUAUAAUUUGUAAUUAAGGCAUUUUCUCCCUGUCUCCCUUGUUAGCGCAAAUUUUUCCAUACCUUAAAUUUUCUGCCACAGUUACGAAUUCUUGGCAAAAGUAAUUAGUUUUUGCGGCAAAAUAAAACUGUAACCUUACUUCUAAAUAUACUUCAAUAUAUCCCCAUUAAUCCUUCUAAACACAAAUAAAUCCGUAAAAAAA